CACUGUCUCUUCAGAGCCGCAUUAGUUGUGAGCGGUAGCCCACAAACACAAACAAACAUAUGGACGUACAGAGGGUUCCGGGGCUCCAGCAGACAAAGAGCGGCAGCAUGGGCGAGUCGACGCCGAGGUCCUGCGAGCCUCGGCGGAAGAGAGCGGAGGAGCGCGGUGCACCCUCGGAGAUGUCCCGGAUUAUCACGGAUCCGGCCACCGGCAAGUGCUACUGCCGGGGCAAAGUUCUGGGAAAGGGAGGCUUUGCCAAAUGCUAUGAGAUGACUGACCUCUCCACCAGCAAAGUUUAUGCAGCUAAAAUCAUCCCUCAUGCCCGAGUCUCCAAACCUCACCAACGGGAGAAGAUUGACAGAGAAAUCGAGCUGCACAGAGCACUGCAUCACAAGCACAUAGUGCACUUUUAUCAACAUUUUGAGGACAAGGAGAACAUCUACAUCCUGCUGGAGUACUGCAGCAGAAAAUCCUUAGCACACAUCUUGAAGGCUCGCAAGGUGCUCACAGAGCCAGAGGUCCGCUACUACCUACGGCAGAUAGUCUCAGGACUAAAGUACCUGCACGAGCAGGAGAUCUUGCACAGGGACCUGAAACUCGGUAAUUUUUUUGUAAGUGAGUCAAUGGAGCUGAAGGUCGGUGACUUUGGUUUGGCUGCCAAACUGGAGCCGGCAGGGAACAGGAGGAAGACGAUCUGUGGGACUCCCAACUAUCUUUCCCCCGAGGUGCUGAACAAGCAGGGUCAUGGCUGCGAAUCAGACAUCUGGGCUCUCGGCUGUGUAAUGUACACAAUGCUCUUAGGCAAACCGCCGUUCGAAACCACCAACCUGAAAGAGACGUACCGGUGCAUUCGGGAGGCUCGCUACUCGCUACCUUCCUCGCUCUCGCUGCAGGCCAAGCAGUUGAUCGCCAGCCUGCUCGCCAAGAUCCCAGAGGAGAGACCCAACCUGGACCACAUCUUGAGACAUGACUUCUUCACGCAGGGCUUCAGUCCAGAGCGUUUGCCGGCGAGCUGUUGUCACUCAGCACCGGACUUCCACGUGUCGAGUCCUGCUAAGAGCUUCUUCAAGAAAGCAGCUGCGGCACUCUUUGGAGGAAGGCGGGAUAAAGUCAAAUACUAUGAGACUCUGAAUAAAUUAACCAAAGAGGAAGAGGAGAUCUACAAACUGCAACACGACCUGGAGAGAACUGUCAUCAGCCAGCAGCAGCAGAGUAAAAACAUAACCGAGAAUGGAAGUCUUCUUCCGCCAUCUGCCCAAAGCCCUGUCACCUUGGCAACAGAGAGCUGGUCCCCGACGACAGCGACAACGCGGGAUCCCAUCCAUCUGAUCGUCAGGGGGAGUCUGGGGAGCUGCAGCAGCAGUAGCGAGUGUCUGGAAUACAACACCACAGGGAGCGUUGCCGACACUGUUGCCAGCGUGUUGAGGGGAUGCCUGGAGAACAUGCCUAAAGCCGACAACAUUCCACAGGGUGCAAACAGCUGCAGCCUGCAGUGGGUGACCAAGUGGGUGGACUACUCCAACAAGUACGGCUUUGGAUACCAGUUGUCCGAUCACACCGUGGGCGUCCUCUUCAACAGUGGCACUCACAUGAGCCUCCUGCCAGACAGAAAGACCAUCCACUAUUACGCAGAGUUGGGCCAGCGCUCUGUCUUCCCCACCUGCGAGGUUCCGGAACACUUCGUGGGCCAAGUGACUGUGCUCAAAUACUUCUCCCACUACAUGGAGGAAAACCUGAUGGAUGGCGGGGACCUGGGCACACUGACGGAUGAUGCACACAUGCCAAGGCUCUAUUUGCUGCAGUGGCUCAAGUCGGACCGCGCCCUCAUGAUGCUCUUUAACAACGGCACUUUCCAGGUCAACUUUUACCACGACCACACAAAGAUCAUCCUGUGCUGCCAGAGGGACGAGUACAUGCUGACCUACAUCAACGAGGAUCGUGUGUCCAAAACCUUCAAGGUCAGCUCCUUGCUGGCGUCCGGCUGCCCUGCAGACCUGCGCGAGCGUAUGGUCUACUCCCUCAACAUGCUGCUGCAGCGUUGCAGCUAAGGACACUAUCUAUCUCUCUAAACUAUCUAUCAUGGAUCUGUGCGAGUGGAAUUUUUGGCGGGGAUGAGGGAAGCCUGUGUGCUAAGUCAUGUAGCAUUGCUGUGACUGUUCGGGAGAAGAAAGGACAGAUUGUGGGUGAAGAAGGGAAGAUGCUGGAGGAGAGACAACUGUUGGACCGGGGAUGUUGGUACGAUAAAGAGAGGAUGUUUGUGGAAAGAUGAAAGCUGGGCUGGCACCAGCUUAUGGGACGAUGUGGGGGGGGGGCGAGACUGUGUCAGUAUUGUAAAUUAUGUACAGUGUAAGCCGCCAUGCACAAACACCAUGUGGUGAUGUGUGUGUGUGUGUGUGAAUGGGCCAGGGUUCAACUGUUUUUAGAAAAAGAUAUAAAUAUGUGUGAGUGUGGGAGGUUUGUAAUAUCACACUACCUUUUAAAAACUGUGAUUUCUUCUCUUUCAUGAUAAGAGGGGAGAGUGAGCAGGAGCAUCCUGGUAGAAAAUGUCCAGUCAUAACUUAUUGUGUACAAAAAAAACCUGCAGUAUUUAUUUAUUUAAUAAUAAAGUGCAUUUUGCAAGGACAAAAAAUCUGUUUUAUAUUCAGAAAAAUACGACAAUAACUACUGCGUCACACCCAUACACAACCUCAUUUUUCUUAAUUCCCUCAAAGCGUACCCAUGACCUUGGCACAUUUUUUAUAAAUAUUUCUAUAAACUCUGAGGGCAUGGAUGAAAGCUUAAUGGAACAUAAUGACGCUCCUAUCUCAUUCUGCUCCAAAUCAAAGCAACUGUGUUAUCUUCAAAUUAGAACAAGGGAAAUAGGCUCAGGGAGAUAGACGGACACACAGCAAAGAUGACCCCGACGUCCCCGGCAUUGAGAAACACCCACUUCUAUCCAAACUGUGUGAUGAAACCUACUAGGAAACUCAUUAGAGAGUCCUGGCAAUCCUUAUGUGCUCUCUGGCUGUAACCAUGGAAACAAGUCAACACUGACCAAAAGUAUUUUUUUUUUUAGCCAGAAUGUAAAGAGAAGAGUCGGAGGCCAUCUUCUUAGAUGCUCUACCUCUCCGUUUGUCUCCAGAAUGUCCUUUAGAACACCUCUACAGCUUAUGUAACAUCUCCUUUCCAAACAUGGAUUUGGAUUUUGAGUCAUCCCCUUCAGAUGAGCUGUUCAUUUGGGUGCGCUGCCGAGUUCAGCAAUAAAUCGUGGAGAUACCCACGCCAAACAGGAGGUAGCACACAUGAGAAAAGAGCGGGAAUUAUUCAUGUUGUUUGAGGAUUGCCUCCAGGUCAGAGUGUUUUGCCAGUAAUGGACACUAAAGUCGGAUAGAAAUAGACUCUAUUAUUGACGUUGUGUGAGGUUUUAACCUGCAGCAGAUGGGUGUCCUUGAAUAGUCACACUCUGGUUAAUGCAUCACAGCAUAUCAUAGCAGCCUGUAGAUGCCACGCCUUGUUAUGUUAUACAGUGACAGUAAAAAAAAAGUGGAUAAAGUCCGACAUGACAUAGUGAAAAAAAAAAUAUCCUCCCAUUUAGUGUGGCAGUGGUACAUCUUUGGCUUCUUUGUCCCUCGUCCUCACUCAGUUUCAAAUCUCUCCUUGGGUUUAAAAUAAACAAAUUAGAAGCUAACCGAUUUGCUCGCUAAAUACCGGUUGUUAAGCAGCAGCCAUCUCUUGUGUCACUUCCGAGGUCCCGUGGCCUGCAGUACACAGUGUGGUGUAAACAAAGCUAGCAGUACUGUCAGUGGCAGUGUAUGGCAGAUUAGUGUUAGACUAAUAGGAUAGGGAGUGGUUAGCACGCAGACCUCACAGCGAGGAGACCAGGGUUCAAUUCCACCCUCGGCCAUCUCUGUGUGGAGUUUGCAUGUUAUCCCCGUGCAUGCGUGGGUUUUCUCCGGGGACUCCGGUUUCCUCCCACAUUCCUAAAACAUGCUAGGUUAAUUGGCGACUCCAAAUUGUCCAUAGGUAUGAAUGUGAGUGUGAAUGGUUGUUUGUCUAUAUGUGCCCUGUGAUUGGCUGGCCACCAGUCCAGGGUGUACCCCGCCUCUCGCUCCAAGAGCUGGGAUAGGCUCCAGCACCCCGACCCUCUUGAGGAAAAGCGGUAGAAAAUGACUGAAUGAAUAAUAGGAUAGGGUGAUGCCAAUUUUUUUUAAUGCCAUGCGAUUGACCCGCAUUAUGUACGAGAUACUAAAACAACAACAAACUUUCCCAAUGCUAACAGUGAGUUAUUAUGUUGUGAUGAUGAUUACUUUACAGUCAAAGGUGACUAUAGGGGUGCUAUUUAAUGUCUCUGGGGCUCUAAUGAUGCUACAAACCUUUUUUAGAAAGUCAUAAACAGGUUUUCUAUGCUCUAACUAUGGAAAUAUUCAGUUUAUUAAUAUUGAAUCUUACUUUGCGGAAGUUCAGUUGUCGAGUCUGAAGCCAAUUCACCGCGAUAAACGAGGAAUGACUGCAUUAGUUUCACCUGGCCUUGUUGGCUGGCCCCGCCCUGUGAUGGUCUCUUUACCUGCCCUUGUAUCCUAAUUAGUCUUGAGCAUAUUGUUGUCUCGUGUUGUGCUAUUAAGUCAUUUUUUUGCUGUAUAGUUUUGAGAAAGUUAGAGAAAUGAGGCUUUAUGAGUAUGACCCUGCUCCUGGUGUUGCCUGGGAAUGUUUUACACACAAGUAAGUGAUUUUCAUUGCUUUUCUGUAUGUUUUAUAUACUGGUUGAAAACAGUCCUGUAGGAAAUUCAUAAUAAAGCUGUACAACACUGUAUUGCUGCCUGGCUUCAUGGGUUAUUUAUAGUUCUACUUCUGUUGGUGGCUAUCAUUAAUAACUGGCGGGAGGAGCGAUUGCAGUAAUGAUUACCCUCGAUGUUACUGCUGCAUACAGCUGAGUCUGUUGUGUCACACUGACAGAAGGAAGAAGUUGUUGUUGUUGUUGUUAUAGUGCAUGCAGCCAGCCAGGCAGGCAGGCUUGAGCCAUGCGAUGAGGCUAAGCUGGACUGACAAAGGGGAUGUUUAUACGUCAGCUUCUAGCCCAAAGUUCUCCGCAGGCUGAAGACUGAGUGAAUCGCUUUGGCAUUGGAAGUGACUGCAGGCACAUUCUUAGUUAAAACACACCCAGAUGAACUACAAUGAUUGGAAAGGGUUUAGUGUCUAUAUUUCUAUUAUUUACAAGGUAUAUUUACAUCGUGUCUGAUAUCAUUUAUCCAGAUUUCAGUCAUUUUACCAUUAUGAAGUUAUCGCCUGUGUCAUACACCCAAAAAGCAAAUAUACACAUAUAUCAUAUAUUUUUGAUGACUUUAUACGGUAGAAAAUGUAAAACUAAUAAUAUUAGACAGUGGGGGUGGCGGAACCUUUGUCUCGGGAGCUGUUGUGCCAGGAUUGCAUUGGGGCGUGGACUUCCGCCAACGCUCAGACGCAAUGUGGACGAAGAAGUUCCUGCUCCAUGUCCUCACUGCUGUCCAUCCAUAUGUCCUUACAGGUCAGUUGUUGUUAAAAGUAACAAAUACAAUCUCUGUAAACUCAUAAUAGGUGAAGGGAAGUAAUUCAAACAUAUCAUAUUGUGAAGCGCUUUCGAAAUAGAGUAAGUUUAUUAGUAGCAUCCAACCAAAUGUACCGUGUCGCAGCCAUUUUGGGUUCAGAUGGCUCUCAGCCUUGUCUCACAGGCAAGCUCGUUGUAUGUAGUUAUUGAACUGGACGAAGAAGUUGCUGCUUUGUGUCCUCACUGCUGUCCAUCCAUAUCUGUCCUUACAGAUUGUUGUAUUUUGUCAUUGUGGUGCCAUCCUGGGACCUGUAACACUAAGUCUACACUGUAAUUUAUUCACUUGUCUUUAAUCAGUUUAUUUAUUAUUAUUACGCUAUUUAUCUCAUUCAAUGUCAGCCAUUUUCCAAAAGACAACCCCUUCAGUGUCGGACAUUUUGACGAUUUUGAUUUUAGCACUUAUGCCUGAGCAAAGGCUACAUCAUCCCCAUGCAUUCAUGACUGCUAGGAAGUUAGAAAAGCAUCUAAAUGUAAAUAAAAAAAAAACAUGACCAACAACUAAAAUAAGCUAGUAGCUACUUUGAUUGUGAAAAUAAAGUGUGACUGUGUGUCUUAACAACAAACAUGAUCUUUUUUGUAAACCUAAUUGCACAGAAUUGUGUAGAAAGCAACACGACAAGGGAGCUAAUGCUAGCAAAGCUAAUUCACUGUAGCAUACAUGCUAAAAACGUUAGCACUGAUGCUAGUGCUAAUGCUACAUGAACCCCAGAGUAUAAGUUUUCAUUCAAUAAAUAUCAAAAUGUCUAUUAAAAAAACGGCCAACAUAAAGUGUUAUUUGCUUUGAUUGUCAAUGGAAUAUAUGACC